AUGGCUAGUGCAGAUGAUUACUUUAGUGAUUUCGAAGAUGACGAGCUGGAUAAACUGUAUGAAAAGGCUAUCAAUAAAUCUGUGAAGGAAACUAUAACGAGACGUGCUGUACCAGUUCAAAAAGACCUUCAUGAUAACGUUUUACCUGGGCAGAAAACUGUGUACGAAGAAAUUCAAAGAGAUGUCAGUUUUGGACCCACUCAUCAUGAGCUUGAUUACGAUGCUUUGUCGUUCUACGUGUACCCUACAAAUUACGAGGUAAGGGAUUAUCAGUAUACAAUUGUUCACAAAUCACUGUUUCAAAAUACGUUAUGCGCCAUCCCAACGGGUAUGGGUAAAACGUUCAUUGCCAGUACAGUAAUGUUAAAUUAUUUUCGUUGGACCAAAAAAGCCAAAAUAAUCUUUACUGCUCCAACAAGACCUUUGGUAGCCCAGCAAAUUAAGGCAUGCUUAGGUAUAACAGGAAUACCUUCGGAUCAAACUGCUAUAUUACUCGAUAAAAGCAGGAAAAAUAGAGAAGAAAUUUGGGCCAAUAAGAGAGUUUUCUUUGCCACACCGCAAGUAGUGGAGAAUGACUUGAAGAGGGGUGUAUUGGAUCCUAAGGAUAUUGUAUGUCUUGUCAUCGAUGAAGCUCACAGAGCUACUGGCUCCUCUGCGUAUACAAAUGUGGUAAAAUUCAUAGAUAGGUUCAAUUCAUCAUACAGAUUAUUAGCAUUGACCGCUACACCAGCCUCUGACCUGGAAGGUGUCCAAGAAGUGGUUAAUAACUUAGAUAUUUCCAAGAUUGAAAUUAGGACUGAAGAAAGCAUGGAUAUCGUGAAAUAUAUGAAGAAAAGAAAAAAGGAAAAAAUUGAAGUGCCCCUUUUGUUGGAAAUUGAAGACAUAAUCGAACAAUUAGGUAUGGCCGUCAAACCAGUGCUUCAACAGGCAAUUGAACUCGGUAUAUAUGAGGAAUGUGACCCUUCACAAAUAAACGCCUUCAAAGCCAUGCAACAAAGCCAAAAAAUUAUUGCUAACCCUACUAUACCUGAAGGAAUUAAGUGGAGGAACUUCUUUAUUUUACAGUUAUUGAACAAUGUGGGUCAAAUGCUAAAGAGAUUAAAAAUUUAUGGAAUAAGGACAUUUUUCAAUUACUUCCAGAAUAAAUGUACAGAAUUCACUACGAAAUAUAAUCUUAAAAAAUCUACUAAUAAAAUUGCAGCUGAGUUUUAUUACCAUCCGAUUUUGAAAAACAUCAAAAAUCAAUGCGAAAAUUAUUUAAGUGAUCCAAAGUUUGUCGGUCAUGGGAAGUUACAAUGUGUUAGAGAUGAACUAAUGGACUUUUUUCAGAAAAGGGGUUCCGACUCGAGGGUUAUUAUUUUUACAGAAUUAAGAGAAAGCGCACUUGAAAUUGUGAAGUUCAUAGACUCGGUAGCUGACGAUCAAAUCAGGCCUCAUAUUUUUAUUGGACAAGCUCGUGCAAAAGAAGGUUUUGAUGAGGUCAAAUACACAAGAAAACAUGCGCCAAAGGGAAGGAAGAAGGUAGAGAGAUUGCAUAGGCAAGAGCAAGAGAAAUUUUUGGAAGCUGAACGAACUAAGAGAGCGGCGAAUGAUAAACUUGAAAGAAGUGCCAGACGAACGGGGAGCUCUGAAGAGGCUCAGAUUAGCGGAAUGAACCAAAAAAUGCAAAAAGAGGUUAUCCAUAAUUUCAAAAAGGGUGAAUAUAAUGUUCUCGUUUGUACAUCAAUUGGAGAAGAAGGUUUGGAUAUCGGAGAAGUUGAUUUAAUAAUCUGUUAUGAUACUACAAGUAGUCCAAUCAAAAAUAUUCAGCGUAUGGGUAGAACAGGCAGAAAACGAGAUGGUAAGAUAGUACUACUGUUUAGCAGUAAUGAAUCAUACAAAUUCGAGCGUGCUAUGGAAGACUAUUCAACCCUGCAAGCGCUUAUAUCCAAGCAAUGCAUUGACUAUAAAAAAUCAGAUCGGAUAAUCCCUGAAGACAUUAUUCCGGAAUGUCACGAGACAUUGAUCACGAUUAAUGAUGAAAACGAAAUAAUUAAUGAAAUGGAAGAUGUUGACGAAGUUAUUCGUUAUGCGACUCAGUGUAUGAUGGGCAAAAAGGUGAAGCCAAAAAAAGCCAUAACAAAGAAGAAGAGAGUUCAGGAAAAUAAAAAACCGAAGAAGUUCUUUAUGCCUGAUAAUGUUGAGACCAGUAUUGUUAGUGCAAGCACUUUAAUUAAUAAGUUCUUGGUGAAUGAAAGUGGCGGGAAACAACUAGUAACGAGUAAUGAAAACCCAAGUAAGAAGCGGAAGAUUUUUAAAGCUUUGGAUAAUCUGGAGAAUGAUUCAACCGAGGAAGCUUCCUCCUCAUUAGAAACUGAAGAUGAAGAAGUCAGUGAUGAUAAUAAUGUUUUCAUUGCGGAAGGGCAGAAUGGAUGCCAAAAAGAUUUGGAAACUGCCAUUAUUCGCACUGGCGAAAGUCUUACCACACUCAAGCCACUUCAUAAUUUUGAACGCCCUAAUAUGGCUUUAUUUGUGAAUGAUUGUGGUCUUCCAACUAAAAUCGAGAAAAAUGUGAAAGACAUCCGAGGAAAUCAACACAACCUUGAAAAAGAAAAGAGCUGUACUGUUGACAAGAAUAACAUGGUAUUGAGUUUGGACGAUUGGAAUUUUUUCAGAAACCGCUAUAUCCCAGAAGGUGUUUCCUUCGAUGUGGAGCCCAAUUUUGUACAAUACACCAAAGGGGUAAAAGUUCCGCAUUGUCACAAAGUUUCAAAAAUCAUUACGUUAUUUAACGACGAGAGUAAUGAUAAUAAGAAGAGGACAAUUGAUAUGAACUAUACUAAAUGUUUGGCGAGAGGCAUGUUACGAGACGAAAAAAAAUUUGUAAAAGUUAACGAUAAAAGUCAAGUCGAUAACAACAGUGUCAACCAUGAUUCAUCCCAAUCUUUUACCUUAUCGAACGCAGAAUUAGAUGACAUACUGGGCUCAGAUUCUGAUUUUUGA